GAAGCUGUGUUCAUCACAAGCAAUGCAUCUGAAGAUGAACCAUGCCAACCACCACAGAAGAAAGUCAAGAAGACGCUUGGCUCCAUCACUAGCAUGCGGAAAUCAUCUCAAGUGUCAUCGCCAGCGCAGUCGCCACGGGAUCGAUUGGAAAAGGAGAUGAAGAAAUACGUGAAUACAGACACAAUCGAUGGCGACAAUGAUCCUUUGUUGUGGUGGAAAUGCCACGGUCGAGACUUCCCAAUGCUCAGUCAGUUGGCACGAAAAUAUCUGUCAAUUCCUGCAAGCAGUUCACCGUCUGAGAGACUGUUCAGUAAAGCCGGUCAGAUUGUCACCGCACAAAGGUCUCAGCUAAAGCCAGAACAAGCAAAUAUGCUUGUGUUUCUGGCAGAAAAUUUGUAAAUAGAACUAUAUUGUUAAACAUCUUUUAAUAAAUACAAGUUACAAAAAUAGUAAAACAUCUGUUGUUGUAUCCCAAUAUGCCGCGGCUGUUUGACGUUAUUUGAAAACAGAAAAUUUGCAUAAAAUUAAGCAAAUUUGGCAUAAAAUUAAACAAAUUACAAUCGCGAAAAAAUAUCGGUAUUAUCGGUAUUUUUUUUCCGGUAUCAGUUUUCGUUUUUUUUCAAAUACCGCAACAGCCUACAGAAAAACAGGAUUUUUUGAUGUAUUCAAAUCAAAUAACAUCGCCAACUCUUCUUCGUCUAUCAAACCAUCGUUGUAACUGUCCAAUAACAUUAGUCUAGCAAAGCUAUUUCUCCUAAAGUGCUUGCUUAAGUUCACUACUGGCUCUGAGAGGUAGGCUGUGACUUCUUGGCGUUUUGAUAGGGCGUCUGGUUGCCGUUGCGCCGUUUCACCUACGUUUUCCAUCCUCUCUGUCACCAAGGGUUGUUAGGAAAGACCCUUUAUGAUGUGGCACAUUGUUUCCCUCAAUGGCAGCAGCUGGUCCAGCAUCAUGGUUCCAAGGCUCAGCAUUGCAGCACAUGGCAUUGAGAACAGCUUCACAGACCGACAAAUGAUCUUCGCUUUCAAUCAAAAGUAGUUUAAACCUACAAUAGACAUGAAAAAAACUAAACAGCUUAGCUAAUUGAACGUUUUUUUCCAAGUUGCUCAAAGAUAUUUGAAAUCUGUAAGUAACCCUCCAAAUUUAAAUCAUUAUGGCCAAAGCUUAUACCAAAUCUGAACAUUUUUUGUCUAUUAUGAUUUUUGUCUCUUUUAAUUUUAUCCCCCUUACUGUGAAAAGUACCUAUUAUUGAGGUGUUAUUACAACAAGCAUCAAUAUCAAUUGAAUAAACGAAUCACAAUACAUCCCGUUUUAAAAUCAUUUAUUACUAAGGUCAUUACAAAGUUCAAUGAUAUUUUACAUCAGAUUUAUAAGGUCGUACCAAAUCGAAACAUUUUUUGUCUAUCAUGAUUUUUAUCCCUCUUAUCACUUAUCUGUUUACUAUAGCAACAACACAUUUUGAUGACUUUUACUAAUCCCAACACAAACAAAAUGAACACAAAAAGGAUUUAUUGAGCUUAUAAACAUCGUUAAUGACAAUCAUAAAUUAUACAGUUCAAUGAUAUCUUAAUUUACAAAUGCAACUGGUAUAGUCCAUAAGAUACAUAAAACUAUGAGUCCUUUCAAAUUCAAAAGAUAUUGUCUUUAAUGUAAACCAUGGUACGCCGUACAAAGACUCCAAAUAGCUUCGGUGUUCUGAUGAAGGUUCAGAAUACUUUAAAAUCUUACAAGCUUCAAUAAUUGCAUGCCAAACGUCGUCGCAAUCAAUCAUGGAAAUUGCUUCAUCUGUAUGCAUUAACCACAAAUCACCGUCGUUUAUCGUUUCACAAUAGUUUGUUGACCAUGGAUCCGCUUCAGAUCGCACAUCGUCUAAGUUCUUCCAAUUCACAUAUCUGCCUAUGGACAAACUCUGUGAAAACUAGGUCUAUCAACUUGACAGAUGUAAUAUCUUCAAAAUCAAUUUCAUUGACAUAUAGCUGUUCAAAUAGGUGUGCCAUAGUUUCCUUCACCUCUCAGUUGGACGAAAUCAAGCAGCUAGGUCAGCAAAGUUUAAGAACAGAAAUGAACUGACUAACCAUUUUACAAAAUUCUUUUAUUCCGGUUUACAUUAGUAGCUUUCAAACCAAUCAUAACAAAUCUUAUAUCUAUACAUACUUUUUGAUUGGUUUUUCUCAACCAAUUACAAUUACUUCCCUUCAAUCACCUUCCAGUUGACAUGCAUGCGCAACAGCCCUAACGAAUGCCCUGGAAACUAAUUCCAAGGGGUAAGAGCUCUUCAAAAAAAUGCUGACUAAGGGGAAUAUAGCUGUGACUAUUCUACUGGCACCCAUGGAAUUGGUUGAGACAUAAAUUAUACCAAAAUAAUCUAUUUGACAACUACAACACAUGACAUACGUACUUUAACAGGUCCAACAUUCCCCAAUGAUGUUGCUGACCAUUCAUUUAUAAAGAGGUUGCUGUAAAAAUCAUAACAAAUUAAAACAAUAUCAGAGAUAGGGUUUCUAUUAAGACUUGCAGGUAUUUAACAGUUCCCCAAAGGUGAUGUGAUUAUCGGUGAAUGAGCACCAAGACAAAGUCAAGAUUUUUAUUCACAAUAAUCACUGAUCCUGAGGUGAAUAAUUGUUUUAGUAUACAGCUAAUUAAAAAAAAGGUUGUCCUGUGCAAUCCUUAAACUCUAAACUCUAAACCUUAAACUCUAAGUGCACAAAAAUAAAUCUUAAUGGGAGCACUAGUUUCAAUUUUAGUAGUUGAACAUUGCAGCUAUAUGUGAAGACAUGAGGAGAUAUUUACCAUAUCUCUAAGAAAUGGGCCCCAUGCAUAUAUAUACAUGAUUUCCAAACACAUUAAAGAUUAUGGAUUAUGGACAGACUUUAAUUGCCGGUAGCUGCAAAAAUUUAUAUAUUAAAAAUAUUUAAAUGUUAAUCAUUAUAUAGCUGAACAUUAUGGUGGCUGAGAACUGCCAACAGUUUUUUUCCCAUUUGUUUUGUAAAAAAAUGUUUAUAAAUUAAUAUUUUUACAAAAAAUUAAAAAAAAACUACUUUAAGUUUAAAUUAAAUAAAAAAUUAACUGAAAGUAACACAAAAAUGAAAUAAAUGAAAUGAAAGUUAAACAAAAAUGAAAUGAAAGUUAAACGAAAACAAAAUAUAAAUUUAAAGUAAAACAAAAUUAAAAUAAAAUAAAAAUCCGUUUUUUUAUCGGCCGAGCGCUACCAUAAUUCCUUGCAUUGAAAGAGACAGCCCUACCUGAUGGAAUUCCCAAUCACAUUUUCAAUUUUCCAGAGCAAUAUGGUCUUCAGGAAUGUGGUGUGUUUUUGUAUUAAUCUAGUUACUUUAUUUCACUUAUUUUUUUAUACCUGGCAAAUUAAUUGAUCAUUUGUUUAUUGCUGUUUACAGACCCCAUUGAAGGUUAAGUAAGCCACAAACAAGGGAUCCCAGACUGAGGGAUCUCAAACAAGAGGUCCUAUUACCUAUCCCAAAAUUAAAAUAAAUCGAGAAUAACCCUUCCAAGCUAUUGCCUGCAUGCAUGUGGCAUGCAUGUGAGUAUGCAUGCCGCAUGCAUGCAAAUUGGCACAUUUUGCCUGCAGUGCAUGUGCAGGCAUGCAGAGAGUGCAUGCAUUGUUUGCAUGCAUGCAUUACGAGUACAUGCAUGCAAUAUGAAUGCAUGCAUGCAAUAAUUGAGUGCAUGAAUGCGGCAUUCAUACAAAUUGGCACUUUUUGCCUACACUGUGCAUGCAAACUUAUGCAUGCAUGCUAAGAGUGCAUGCAUGCAUGCAUGAUGAUAUUUAUGCAGACUAUUUAUUUGCAUGCAUGCAAUAAGAAAUUAUUGCCUGACCGGUAAAUGCUUCUGAAAAUUGAAUUUUAUGCACAAUUCAAUAGUUUAUUAGCCUGGUUGAAUUGGAUGGAUGUUAUUGUUGUGCGUACUUACACGCAAAAUAAUUGCAGCUGACUUUUUAACAGAGUUUUAAAACUUAUGAUGUGUCAGUGCCUGGCUCAGCAUGCAAAUUUCAGCAGCUCAGUCUGUCAGGCCAUUAUAUUAUCUUGCACUAAAUUACCUCAGCUGAUAUCAAUAUAGUAUAAAGCUGAUAUCAAUAUAGUAUAAUUAACAAACAAUUAGUGAAUGUAUAUAUUAUAAAUUUGACAAGUAUUUUACAAUCGCUCGUCUUAAAAUACACCUCUGGUAAAAACAAUUUAACACAUUGUUAUAAUUUCAAUAUAUUAACCCAUUAAGCGCCAGCGCUCUCCCCUUGACGAGUAAAAUCGUCUGGCGUUAGACAGAGUAAAAUACUCUGGCGUUAGACAGAGUAAAAUACUAAAGUAAGGUGCAUCAGGGUGCAAUGCAACUCAAUGGGUUAACUAGACACAUGGGCAGAUAGGCCAGUUAACCCAUUAAGCGCCAGCGCUCUCCCCUUGACGAGUAAAAUCGUCUGGCGUUAGACAGAGUAAAAUACUAAAGUAGGGUGCAUCAGGGUGCAAUGCAACUCAAUGGGUUAAUCAAACAUCUAUACUUACUCCAAAAAGUAAAAUUACACUCUGGUUAAACUACAUGCAUGGUUUGAUUAAAUUAGUGAAAAAGGAAACACAAUGUUUGGCGAAAUAUUCAUAUUAUAAAUAUUUCACCGAACACAAGUGUGAUUUUUCAUUAAUAUUUCGAGAAGAAGUGUAAUUUCAUAUUAAUGGUCGUUUUAGUCAAAUAUACAAAUACUCAAUUACAAGAAGCAUUGCAUUGAUGUAUUCAUUAGAGAACACUGUCAGCCACACACUUCUUUGCACUCAAUUUUAAGAGUAAUCUUAUGGAAUUAACUUUCAAUGCAGAAUUCCCGCUGACUCGGAACACAGUUUUACCAAUUAGUCGAAUAAAUUGACUAAUUGAUAUUAUUAAUAACCUAAAUGUUUGGUUAAUUUAACUAAUUGUUCCUGGUUAAUAAAUAUCCUGGUUAAUUUAACCACAGUCUUGGUUGAUAUAUCCAGGAAUCCUGAUUAAAUUAAACACAAAAUUUAACAAGGAACAUUAAGUUACACCCAACAGUGUUAAUUUUAGGUUAACCAAGACAUUUUUAACCAUGGUGUUAAUCAGUGUACUGAAUAUCAAAUAUAAACAUUAUGCAAGCUUUUAUAAGUCAAUGUUAGCAAGAAGAUAACAUGUUUAAAUAAAUAAGACUUAUUGCUCACAAACACGGAUUGUCACGUUUCCAAAUCCAGUUUAUGUGGUAGUUGCAGUUUCGCCAUGUGAUUGAUGUCUUCCAAGUCUUGUUUCUAUCAAUACCUGUCCAAUUACACGAUUGACUUGGAAGGCAUUCAAUGUUUUUGGAUAAAUACGGUGUAAAAAAUCUAUAAAUGAAAUAAUUAAGGCAUUAAAAGGGUGGUGCAUGCUUGUUUCAAUAUUGGUUCAUUUACAUUAUUUUCAGUCUACCCUUUUAUUAGUUUUAAAGGAUCCCCUUUAAUGUUGAAUUUACUAACCACAAAUAAGCAGCAUUCUUUCUGUGUCCAGUUUGUUUUUGCCCUUACCGCCUGUAAGGAUAGACUGUUUCCGUUCCUCUACGGUAAACAUGGAAACUACCAAAAUCCGUUCAGCCUUUUUGAAAUUUCCAGCUGCAGAAGCUUUUGAUUUCAACUGGUGUGGGAUGGCUGCCGAGACUUGACACUCCUGUGGCUGUGCAGGUGAACACGAUGUGGGUGUAGAACUGGAUAGGGCAUGUGGCUGUAGUGAUGGAGAUGGUCGAGGAGAUGGUGUUGAUGGAUGAUAUUCGGAGACGGAGGUGCAUGCAGGUGAAACUGGUAGUGGUAUUGUAGAUUAUUAGAUAUAUAUUGAUUGCUUGGUUGUAUCUGCCAAUAAAAAGCAGGAAAAACAUUACAUAAUGUCAUAUAGUAAUAGAGAAUAGAGGGCAAAACGCCAAAUAAUAAUGAUAAUUUAUUCAAACAAAGUCCCAAUAUUGGAACAUCAAAUACAUGGGUAAAUGAGUCUAUUACAAUCCAUAACAGUAACAUAAAUACUAUAUAUAUAAAUAUAUAUGAAUGAGGUUGAUAAAUAUAAAUACACAUACAUAUAUACACACACACACAUGUAACUCGUAUUAGUAAUCAGACCAUGCAGGCUAUCAAAAGUAGCUGAAACGUGUUUUGGCCGGGCUAUAGUUAUAUUAAAAAUACUCACAGAAGAAGUGUCAGUGGUUGUGCAAGCUGCAAAAUGUCCUGGUCCUUCUGGUUUUGUUUGAAUUCUGCUUACAACUGUAAUAUAUAAAAAUAUGUUUAACACCAAAGUUUAUAUUUAUAAUUUAUACCUAUUUAAUAUGCACUUUUUUCUAGAAAUUGAACUUCGUUAUAGUAUACUUAAGUUAAAAUGUAAAACUCCUUAAUAAGACAAUAAUAAAGAUCAGUAAGAUUUUUAACACAGUGCACUGUCACUGAUAAAGCCGGUUACAGACGAGCAAGUUUUCUAUGACAAGUUUUUAUGUGACAAGUUUUUAUUUGCUCGUCUGUAUGUGCAAAUUUGACAUUUUUUUCUAUGACAAGUGCAGUUGUUCAAAAGCUAGCAUGCUUAGCCUACAAUCUUUGACAAUAUAGAAUGGGACAAUCUAAUUUUCACAUGCAUUCAGUUGUAAUAUACCAUUUCCUGAUACAUAUUUUCCACCGUCCCUCCCCCCACCCAUUUCAAUGUUGGCGCCGAGCAUCCAGACAUCAGAUUUUUGUUGGCCCAACAUUGAACUGGGGGAACGGGGGGCGCUAUUCCUUUCAAAAUAUAUGAAAUUACAGCAGCUGUACCAUAGUUUCUGGCAAAGAUUGUCUUGGUGGUGAUCAAUGGUGUUUGCCGAUUUGGUAAUUAAACGUUUUAGUUUUAAGUUUAUACCGCCCAAUAACAUGUAUUUCAGUAUCGAAGCAUAUGUGGGCAAGUUUUGGUAGUUUUAGAUACUAUCCAUUCAUUCCGGGUGUGUGUGUGUCAUUUUUAACACUUUAUAUACCAAUACAGGUACGUGUGCUACUAGGUAUAAUGCUUAAUAAGGACAUUUAUAUUCACGUCUAAUAUCAUUAUAGCUCUCUUCCUUGUGAAAAAUCCACGGACAUUUACUCAAAAGUUACAUGCUGUCUUUGGAAUGAUGCAAAAGACCAUAAUUACGACGAACCUGGAACAGAACUAUUCAGAAAUAAUCGGUUUGUGAGUCGGGUAGGUUUAAAUCUCAUCUCACAACAUUCAAACUGCGGGGAAAGACAAAUAAAUAUGCAUUGUUUUCGCCUUUUACAAACUUAUACUUGAGAACUGGGGCCAUUUCCAAGCUAAAUUUCAUUUGCAGUAUAAGAUUUAUAGCACAGUUCAUAAUGCAGCCAGUAGUCAAAUUUCAUAUGUCUCAUAUUACACGAUGCUCACUAACGAUUCUCGGUCUAAAACGCUGAUUUGCGUUACUAUAAAUUUUACUUAUCUUACAUUUUAUAUGCAUAUGGGUACAAGAACCCAUUUUCCUUAAUUACAAUCGGUUAACUUUGCAGAUAUCCCUUUUUACAUUCGUUUUUGAAUGAAGCUCACUACAAAACUGUAAAUAAAUCUAUAUCUCAUUGGCUAUUUUAGGACAGAAAGUGAGAAUUGUUGCUAGAAAAUCAUUCGUAUCUUAGUCAGUUCAUUACGAGAACUUGUAAAAUCGUCCUGUCUUAUAAAAUAUGUUGGACUUUAAAUGCCUAGGGUGAAUUUGUUUGAUAUUGUCUGUUAUUAAGGCUUUUAUGGUGGGUGAGCCCAUGAAAAUUUGGUGAGAUUCAUGGUGAGAUUCGUUUCUAUAUUGAUCUCAUUGUCACAUAUACGCGCUUAGUCUUGCUACCAGAUGGCUCAGUUGUCAAUUUUCUUUAAAUAGAGUCCCAAUACCGUUACCAUGCAUGGAAUUCAAUGAAUUGUGACUAAAAUGUGGCACUACAAGCCUUUAAAUCUGAUUUUAAAUAUACGCGAUUAGGCAGCCGGAUUUUAGCUAUUUCCCAUCACACGCAUACGCAAACAUUGUAUAACACAGUACACGAAAAUUAUCUGUGUGCAACGAAAUUGCUAAAGGACCUAACAGAGGUGAAGAAAUUGUGAAAAUAUAACUGCGUACACAGCUUGAUGAUGUCUACAAGUUGAAUUAAGUUAAGUUUAAGAGUAAUGGUAUUACUUCAACAGACAAUCUUUGACAAUAUAGAAUGGGACAAUCUAGUUUUCACAUGCAUUCGGUUGUAAUAUACCAUUUCCUGAUACAUAUUUUCCACCCUCCCUCCCCCCACCUGUUUCAAUGUUGGCGCCGAGCAUCCAGACAUCAGAUUUUUGUUGGCCCAACAUUGAACUGGGGGAACGGGGGGCGCUAUUCCUUUCAAAACAUAUGAAAUUACAGCAGCUGUCCCAUAGUUUCUGGCAAAGAUUGUAGCUAACUUGUCAUACAAAAUUUGUUGCAUAUACACAUGUGCACUUUGCAAAUAAAACUUGUCAUAACAUAGAAAACUUGCUCGUCUGUAACUGUCUUAUUACUGACACUAGCGACUUUAAGGAAAUGCGUUUUUGCGAUGACAACGACGUUAGAUGACACAGAUUGGGAUUGGCACUACGUCGUCGCAUCAUCGCUGGUAAUUUGUUAAGCAAGUGCAAAUGACGACGACAAAAAAUCCAGAUAUAUAAAAAAUGGCGCCAUUUUCAAAUUCAGUCAAAUUGUUUCGAAAUGUAAACAACAGAACAUGUACUUUAGGGAAAUUUGAGAGCUCGCUACAUUGUGUUUUGGAUUAGGUUAUAUCUCGGCUGCAGAAUUUGCUGUUUUACUUGUUGAAUAUGAAUCUUGCAAUCCAGAUUUUCCAUAUGACGAGUAUAUGCCUUUUAACCUGGAUGAUAUGGACGAAAGUGAAUGCUUAGCAGAGUUUCGAUUUGAGAAGCAGCAUAUUCCACUUCUUGCUGAAGCAUUGAGAAUCCCAGCUUACUUCAUUACGGAGCAAAGAAGCCGAGUCAGAGGCAUAGAAGGGUUGUGUAUGUUGCUAAAGAGAGUGGCAUAUCCAUGCCGUUACAGUGACAUGAUUCCUCGAUUUGCUCGUCCAGUCCCAAUGUUGAGUAUGGUCACAAACAAGGUCAUAAAUCACCUUUACGAAACUCAACCAUCGACUCACACAAUGGAAUCAUACCAUUCUCCACCCUCAAGCACUUGAGCAGUAUGCUGAAGCAAUUCAUAAUAACUGCUUUGGUUUCAUAGAUGGAACUGUCAGACCGAUUUCUCGCCCAAGAGAGAAUCAGUGUGUAGUUUAUAAUGGACACAAACAUGUCCAUGCUCUUAAGUUCCAAUCAGUUGUGAUUCCAAAUGGUCUUAUUGCCAAAAUGUAUGGGCCAGUAGGUUAGUGUAAAGUCUUCUGAAUUAAAACGCGCUUGCAUUACUGAAAUUAACCAUUGCUUUAUAGAGGAAAUUUAAUUUAGUAAUAUACUUCUUCUUUCACAUUUCUACAGAAGGCAAAAGGCAUGAUUCGGGAAUGUUGGCAGAGUCAGGUCUGAUGGGGCAGUUGGAAUUAAAUGCACACUCAAUGAAUGACCAACCAAUGUGUCUCUAUGGGGACCCAGCCUACCCACUUAGGGUUCAUCUUCAAGCACCUUACCGCAUUGCACAACUAACUCAACAGAUGAGGCUUUUUAAUACAUUGAUGAGUUCCACAAGAGUCUCAGUUGAAUGGCUGUUUGGAGAUAUAAUCCAUUACUUUAAAUUUGUUGACUUCAAAAAGAGCUUAAAGAUUGGCCUUAGCAGUGUAGGUAAAAUGUAUUUGACAUGUGCACUACUGCAAAAUGCCCACACAUGUUUGUAUGGAAAUCAAACAUCAACUUUUUUUCAACUUGAGCCACCUACACUUCAACAAUAUUUUAUUUGAAAGCCAAUAUAAACAAUACAUGUGCUUCCAUGUUAAAUAACAAUGUACAUAACUUUAAACUUUACACAACAAUGUCCAGCAAAAACCAAGUGAGGUGGGGAAUGCACUUACAGCUUCUUUUACAGUUACAGUGUCAGUGAGUUAAAAAAUAUUAUCUUUAUCAAUCUUGGUGUAUCCUACCAGUUGGUAAAACUAAAUGUUAGCAAUUUAGCAGUUACGUAAGAAGCUUAAGGGCAUCAAGCAAGCAACAAUGCUUACCAUUCCCACAUUUAGUAUCCUUAUGGUUAUUUCUGAACUUUGCUAACCUUAGUUGUUAAUUAAUGUCAAUUAAAUAUAAAAAUCAAGGAAAAUAUCCAACAAGAAAGUUAACACAGUCAGUUUAUGCGCACAGGUCACUUCAUUGUGUUUUUCUUGAUACCUGUUGCAAAUAUGUCAAUAUUUGCUGUUGCUGUUGCAUCAUCAACAUAUUCUGAUACUGUUGCUGUUCUUGUUGUCGGGCAUUGUCUUAUUGCUGUUGCUGUUGCGCCAACAACUGCACAAGGGUUGCCUGGAAUUGCUGUUGCUGCUCCAAAUGCUUAUUUGAGGCUUCAUCUGAGUGCUUCCUUGCUUCAAUUUCAGCUCUUCUUAAUUCAUAUUCUUGCUGGGCUCUUUCCUUAGAAAUUCCACAGCCUCGUUCCCACUUCUUCUUUUCUUAAUGGCAACUUUUUCUGCAGCCUUUUCACCCUUUCUCUUCUGUGUAUUUCCCAAGGUUUCCAUGGCCAACUUUCGGACUUCUUCAGCAGUGUGCUUAUCUUCAUCAUCUUUCUUUUUUUUUAGAAAGGUUUAUUG